CCUCAUCUGUAGAUUGCAUCGACUAAUCGACCUCUUCGUCGAGCCUUUCCUCCGUCAAGCCUUCGCGGCAGACCCGAUGGACGCUUUCAUCGAGCCUGUCUUUGGCGAGCGAUCGCUCUUCGAGUUCAUCGCGUGCAUGCUUCCGUCGCAAGCGGACAUGGCGAGGCUGACGCUCGCGCUCCGGAGCGGCUGCCCACUCGCACAGGACGAGUUGGCAGCGCUCAUGAGCCGGCACUCGAUGCAGCCGCUGGCGGGGAGCCAGCGGCAGAUCGUCACCGACCCCGAGCUCGGCUGCAACAAGGAUUGCUGGCGCACAAAUCCGGAUGGCUCCGCCAAUUUCGACUACGAGCCGACCAUCAAUUACCUCUACCCGCUCCGUCGCCGCGAGUUCAUGGCCGAGUCGAGGCAGCGCUACCAGGACGCGGUGGCGCGGGCGCUCGCACUCCGCAUCCCCGGGCUCGACGCCGUGCCACCUUUCCUCUCGCGGAUCGUGCCGCUGGGCUGCGCCAUGCACCACUGCAAGAAAGUCGGCCAGGAGUGCCACGUGUACUCCAUCGAGUCGGCCGAUGGCCCCGUCAUCUUCACCUUCGCGUACGAGAUCCAGUCGACGAUGAACAAGGGGUGCUGCGCGCACGACUGCAUCUGCGACAUGAACUGGACGGCAAACCUUGCCGUCCUCCUCCCCGGCGCUACCGAGGCGGCGGCCAUCUUCGGCGUCAGCUGGCGCAUCCUCUCGGGCGACUGCCUCCUCCGCCCGCCGACGGCGCUCUGCGAGGAGACGGCACGCGCAUGCGGCAUCGAUGCUUCGAUGGUGGGCGCGCUCGUGGCCGUGCUGGCCGAGAUGUCGGGCUGGGGCGAGUCCGUGUACGACUUCUGCAAGGAGAUCUGCGAGGAGUACCCGGCGCCGGAGAGGGUCGAGGGACAGAGCUACAACCCGUGCUACGACAAGUACACGCCCCGCGCGCUCUUCGAGGGCAUGCACAAUGCGUGGACGCACUACCUCAACUCCCUCGUCCGGCUGCAGCGCUUCUCCGACUUCAAGCGGCUCAACGCGAUCGGCAAGGCCGAGUUCCACAUGCGCCAUCCGCCGCCAGAGCCGGUGCGGCGAGAGCGCGGCAACGGCGACGUCUAUUACGACUACUAUAUGCCGUCUCGCGUCUCCAUCAACGGGACCGACUCGUUGGUGGACACGAGCAGCUACAAGAAGUUUGUGGAGACCAACACGGACUGGGGCGUGACGGCCGACGACCUCGUCGCGCUCACCCGCUCCUUCGGCUCGUCCGACUUCCUCGACCCGGAGCUCCCGUCCGACUUCGGCAUCGCCGGCCGAGCGGAGGACAGAGUCGAGGUCUGCGCCAAGUGCCCCGAGGACUUCAUCGACAAGCAGUACGAGCUCAAUCUCAACCACUUCGUCAAGCCCUGCAACAGCCGGUACUUCAAGACGUACCCGGAGGACUGCUCCGACGGCACGUGCGAGUGCCACCCCUCCAUCCGGCACGACGUGGAGGAGCUGCUGCUCGCGUCCGACCGCAGCAGCCUCGCGGCGCUCGCCGUCGACCUCGACGGCUUUGGCGCCCGCCUCUCGUACGACGACCUGCUCGACGGCGCCGGCGACUCGAAGAGCAUCACGCGCUGCAACGUGCGCGACAACGACCCAGAGUGGCAGCGGCGGGCGAAGAUCCGCGAAGAGGCGCAGGAGGCGGCGUGGGAGGAGCGCAUGAAUCGCCUGCGGACCCCGCCGACCCCGGAAGAGGCGGCGGCCAGGCGGACCGAGCAACAAUCAUUAGAACAGUCCUGGCAGGAGGAGGCCCGCGAGAUGGAGCAGCUUGCGAUAGCGGGCUUGCCGGGCCCGCCGAUCGACCUCUCGGUGAUUUUGCAGGACGGCAUCACAAUCGACGUGAAGGCGCGCACUGCACGCACGCGAUCCCCUCUCCGUGUGACGAGCGUCGCGUUCCCCUUACUUAUCUCCCUCUCUCUGCAACAGACGCGCAAGCUAUCGCCGCUGUCGGAGCUCAUGAGCACCGUCUGCGAAGAGCGGGGCCUCCGCCCUUCAAAGGUCCGCUUCUUCUACAAGGGCGAGCGGCUCAAGGGCGACUGGUCGCCGCGCGCGACCCGCAUGAAGGACGGCGAUGAGAUCGCGGUGAUUGUGCUGGAGGAUGCGGUGACCGACGGCGAGCAGUGA